GGACGAAGAAGUGCAGCCUGGUUCCAUUUGUCUCUUUUCCAAUCACUUCGUACCGGUACAGAAUUUCAAUCAACACGCGAGCCAACCGCCGCCGGCCAGCAACCUCUUCGGGCCUUCAUACAGCCAGGGGUGGCGUCUCUUGGGUUGCACACCAUACAACGAACAGAAUGGAGACCAGGGUGUGCAAGCGGGUGCCAUCUGUGAGACCACCUCGCGGGACUGGAAGAGGAGAAGGCGAGCCUUUGGGGCCGCUGUUGUUUCUUGUCCACUUUGCUCCACGUACCUACGGUGGGAAAUACUCGAUGGAUAAUGAAGUGCAUUCAUUCGGCUUAUCGACCCCGGGUCCAUAGACCAUACUGUGGCAGUCAUUUGGGAGGGUAAACUCGGGAAGAAAAGGCAACCGUGCCGUGUCACACCCUCUUCUCGUCGUUCUCCGUCUUCCGUUUCCUGUCUCACGCUCUCCCGUUGACCGAUCUUCUUCCUCACACUCUUUCUCUCAGCCUGGCACCGACCUUCCACCUCAGUACUUCCCUUCAGGAUUCGAAGUCUCCUGCAAGACGAUGCAGGCUCUGUGAAGGCUCAUACCCCCCUUCCUGCAAGAGUACUGUCGCUUUUGCGCCAGUCAUAUCUCGCAAGAUACGUCACGCGUUGCCGCGCAGCUACUUCAACCAAUUAAGCGGGCACUUCUUUUAUCCUGUCGUGGCCCCGAGGCCUCGAGGCCCGGCUUGCCUGUCGAGGUCCGCUUGUCUGUUGUCUCUUUCUUCUUGAGCCUCAAGCUUACACUAUCACCAAGACUCGGUCUCCGUCCCCGAACCCGGUCUUGCGCGGAGGCCCACCCAUGAUCGGCGCCGAAGUUCGAACCUCUCCAAGUGUCGACACAAGAUGCCAUCAUGCACAAGUCGAGCAGGUCAAGCAAACACAAGUCGAAGAGCGGAGGUGGCAGAGGUGGGAGCACGUGGAGUGCGUGGAGUGAUUGGCAGUGGAAUCCCGAUUACCAGAAGAACUACAGAUACCGCAUGAACAGCAAUGGCGAAUACGACUAUGAGUGGCAGGAUAUUGCGAUGCCGGCGCCGGCGCCGCAAGAUGAUUUCACUCCCCGAGCAGUAGACGAACUCACGGAAACCAUGGACAACCUCGAUCUGCCGCCCACCACCGAACACAGUUAUGGUUAUGAGGGACAGGAUACCGAGCAUAAUGACCCAUCCUACAUGUAUGAACCUUCGGCGACAUCCCAAGGCAGCUCAGGUAGAUCUAGGAAGGGAAAAGAGACAGCCUACGCCCCAGAUCCACCCGCUGAACGAAGUCCUUCCCCUGAAGACCCUCCCCCGCCACCAUUAGAUCCUUUCUGGGGCGCGAAGGGUGGCACCACUGGGCUACAGGAUGAAGAAUUAGCUCCUCCGCAAGCUGGGGCAGAAAGCCUAUAUCACGAGUCUGAGGGAUAUGGAACAGCUCAUGAUCCAAUUACGGCUACAUACAGUCAAGACUCUGGAUACGCAACGGCCGAUCUAGAUGACUAUGAUGAUCCGAUUGUGCAAGAGGCUAUGUCGAACCGCAACGAGAUGUAUGGGACUUCCGGUCACGGUGGGUCAUCGACGGAUCCCGCAUAUGGUACAGCUUAUCCAGCGUACGAGGAGGACGACGGUGCGGCAACACCAAAGGGCCGCCAAAGCCCUACACCAUCCUUCGACAUAAGCGGCACUCAUGGAUCUGCUGAAGAUCUUGACCCUCGUUACGUCGUUGAACCGUCACACAAGUUCCGGCCCGGAUCGGUCUUCAAGGUUCUAUGGUCGGAACCAUCCGGCUCUCACGCCGCAGGGAACUCGACGAUAUCCGAAAAACAGCAGAUUCAAGACCAAUUCGGAGGGUCUGUAUUCAUCGGUUUCAGGCGCUUCAUUGUCAUUGCAAAUGAUGAAGGGCACUGCACCUGCGUGCCAAUCCUCACGUACCAAGGCAAAGCUUGCAACAAGAGGGGCGUAAAAGCCCACAAGCACGGCAUGAUUUACAGCCACAAGCCUCAUCGACCGCUUCGCGAUGAGCCAAAGCUUGGAUUCCCACCAGUCCGGGCCAAGAUCACGAUUGAGGGAGAAAAGCUCGCCAAAGAAUCGCGCGUGAACUACUCCAAGCUUGUCACGGUCGAGCACAACGUCAAGGUCUUCUUCAUCGGCUACAUCAGCCCGGACGACUUUGAAGACGUUGAGUAUGCCGUCGAUGACUGCUGGGAGAAGAAGACCCGAGCGAAGAAGAAGUCAAGAAAAUAAGCAGACGGCUUUGUCUGCAAACAUGUUUGCGUCUCUGUCACAACUUGUGAUGGCAGCACAUUUUAACAAUUAUACGUUUUGGGAGGAGCUAGGCCUACCUAUGCUCCUCUAUCACGAUGAGACGACAGUCUAUUUUGCCGAAAACCCGGCUCAUUUACUACGCUAUUAUUGCGGAAGCUAUGAUAUGAUGAUUCACAUGUUAUCAAACAUUUACUUGGAUUUAUCUGGCAUGAGAUUGAUAUUCACAGGGAGUUGGCAGCAUUAGCAGCAUUGAUGCAAGCUCAAACAACAGUGGAGAGCAUGGGAACAGGCCAUGGUCAGAUUGCAUUACUAGAGUCUAUUCUUCUCUCAUCUCGCGUGGAUAUCUCGUCAACACGAUCACGACUUUCAUAUAUGUGCUAUUUAUUUCUCAAUAUCGAAUUACCAACCUAACUUGCUCAGCCU